AUGCCAAUAUGCAUUACAUGCAGCACUCCAGUUAAGAACUUGUAUACUGUGUACAGCAAGGCCGACGAUCGCACUCUCGGAAAAGGGGUUCGUUUAACACAAUGUCCUAAUUGCAAACACUUUGCCGACAAAUAUGUCGAGCAUGAUUUUGUCGUUUUGUUCAUUGAUCUUGUCCUGAUCAAGCCUCAGGUCUAUCGUCAUCUUCUGUUCAACAGGCUCGGUCGCUCAGACAACAAAUUCGAUCCCAGUAUCUUACGCCUUGGGAUCCUGCUGGUGCUAUUCGAUGUCUACAUUACAUGGGCCCGGAUAGAGAGAAGCAGCGCGGUCAAUGGCAGCACCGAAGUGCCCUCCAGGCUCAGUAGCAUGCCAAUCCUUACACAGUAUUUCUUCUUUCUUACCAUGAACGUCUUCGCGACUGUUGCUCAGCAUGGUAUCAUCCGUUUGCUGGCUCGCAUCUUUGUCCCGACUCCUGACCAUGACGAUGACGCCAGUGGUAACAAAUCACCACGCUCGAGCUCCGAUGACAGCAAAGCUCAGGACAUGAUAGGGCCUGGUCAUGCCAGCCCAAGUGCGAUCAGCACCGCACUGUUGGUCUCGAGUUGCACCAAGUUGUUUCCGAUAUUGCUUGUCAUUUGGCCUACGGAAGCGAAGGAGAGUUCUUCAACAGGAUUUGCGUUUCGAGCGACGAACUAUGUUGGUUGGGCCGUACUUGUCAACAACAUCGAAGCUUUGCUGAUACUUCUCGACUGCGGCUACGUCGUCGCAAGUGGGCUCGCAAUUGCUGGGGUGUUCGCGAGAUGGCUCGUGGAAGGAUGGGCGUUGAGUCUCGUGGGCCUUGGGGCGGACACUGGUCCUGUCGGCGAUCUCAUUGCCGCUUUCACGGCCAUUGGGACCUGUCUAAUUGUGUUAACCACGUACCCUCACCGCAAGGCUGGUGGAAGCAUAUCCGAAAACACUGCCAUCAUGCGAGAAGUGCCCGGUGCGGAUGAGACUGCUGGCCGUGGUCACAGAGAAAAGAAACCGAGUGAAAAGAUCAAGGAGCAGGUAACGAGCAAGAUUGACCGUCUUGAGGACGAGAAGUCUGUUGUUCUACCUACAUACAUUGCUCCCAACGAUCCAAAGUUCUUCCAAGAGCAGAAAGAGCUUGGGAAAAUAUACGAUCAUACCAAAAAGGGCCCUACUGGUGACGAGAUCGACUUCUACUCCCUCGGGACCCAUGUCGAGAGCAAAGAGAAGCGGUUCUACAUCCGCGCAAGGAGAGACCCUGAUACCUUCUAUUUCCACGCCGACGAAGCUCCUCCUCGGCACGCCCGACUGAGCGACGAAAACCAUCCACAAUGCGGGGUGGAGACUCUGAAGAACGUGUUUACGAAAGACAUGCUGGGAAAGAGCGGGGAAUUUGGCAGUUACACAACGAGAGCGAAUGUUUUUGCGCGAGAAGGGAAGUUCUUCUUUGAGGCAAAAGUUAUCAGUCUGGCUCCGCCAGGUAGGGAACCUCCCGAUCGUGCUUUGGCCGACACCCAAACCCAAGACAGGACAGCUACGAACCGAGGCGGGCUUCGCGUAGGAUUCUGUCGGCGAGAACAUCACUGGAGCGAGAGCAUCGGAGGAAACGCCUACAGUUACGGUCUUGUACUACGCAGUGGAAGAUCAAGAGAGUAUGGGAGCGUGCGGUUCAACACCCUCAUGUAUCACAUGCAGGGCGAGGGCGCGAAAGAUCCUGAUGACCUAUCUCCAGGCGACGUUGUCGGGCUGAUGAUCACACUGCCGCCGCUGGAGGUACAGAAGAAAGUCGUCGAGGGCACGUUCAACCCUGCAGAGUAUCCUGACCUCAAGUGCGGUCCUGCGAUCAUCAAGAAGAAGCCGGGUCCUGGGAAGAAGGCUGCUAAGAGCACUUCAAAACCAAAGGACGGUGAACAUGCAAAGAGCAAGGACGAAUCAGUCAAGAAGUCACACUUGCGGACCGCCAUUCGCAGCGCGCUUCAGCCUCUAUCUGGAUGUGCUGCACCACCGGACCACGACAUCAUCCGCGACCGCAACCCUUUCCUCCACAAAGGCAUGACCUAUUUCGAAUGUCCUGAGUAUACACCCAAUCAUGACCUCAGUCGACCAACACUUAAUUCGAAGAACAAAUCAACCAACCCAGAUACGGGGAAAAAGUAUGAUUUACUUACAGAUCCGCAUCCCAAUCACGAAUUACCGCAUCUACGAACCCUACCUGGAAGCAAGGUCGAGCUGUGGGUCAACGGGAGGUAUCAUGGAAUCAUAUGGGAGCACCUUUUUGCAUUUCUCCCGCCGGCUUCGUCUAUUGAAAAAGGUAGUCGAGCUGUCACAGGUCAGGGCGACGUGGAUGAUGGCUUGCUAGGCUAUUAUCCCGCCAUCAGCCACUAUACUGGUGGCGCCGUCGAGUGCAAAUUUGACGGGCCGUGGUGGUACGGAUAUGGCCAGGAUGGUCCUCAACAUCCGGAUGCACGCCCAAUAGGUGUGCGCUACCAGGAACAAAUAGUCGAAGACAUGGUCAAUGAUCUGGUCGACGAAAUUUACCAGGAGAAGCUCUAUAACGAUCCGAACUGGAUGAAGAAACGGGUUUUGAAUGCAGCAACGGCCAAUGUACAACACGGCUGA